UCGGCCAUUUUGUGGCUGUUUCCUGUGGGACCCGGAGGUGGCGGUUGGGUCGGAAGAGUGAGAGACUCUUUGGCUAGUUUUUCCUGCUUGUUUUCUCCUCCUUUUUUUUCUGUCGGUAGAGCGCAGUUAUGGGUCGCAAGAAGAAGAAGCAGCUGAAGCCGUGGUGCUGGUAUUGUAAUAGAGAUUUUGAUGAUGAGAAGAUCCUUAUACAGCACCAAAAAGCAAAGCAUUUUAAAUGUCAUAUAUGUCAUAAGAAAUUGUAUACAGGACCUGGCUUAGCUAUUCAUUGCAUGCAGGUGCAUAAAGAGACAAUAGAUGCAGUACCAAAUGCAAUACCUGGGAGAACAGACAUAGAGUUGGAAAUAUAUGGUAUGGAAGGUAUUCCAGAAAAAGACAUGGAUGAAAGAAGACGACUUCUUGAACAGAAAACACAAGCAGAGAGUCAAAAAAAGAAGCAACAAGAGGAUUCUGAUGAAUAUGAUGAUGAUGACUCUGCAGCUUCAACUUCAUUUCAACCACAGCCUGUUCAACCUCAACAAGGCUAUAUCCCGCCAAUGGCACAACCAGGACUACCACCAGUUCCAGGAGCACCAGGAAUGCCUCCAGGCAUACCUCCAUUAAUGCCAGGUGUUCCUCCUCUGAUGCCAGGAAUGCCACCAGUUAUGCCAGGAAUGCCACCUGGAUUGCAUCAUCAGAGAAAAUACACCCAGUCAUUUUGCGGUGAAAACAUAAUGAUGCCAAUGGGUGGAAUGAUGCCACCUGGACCGGGAAUACCACCUCUGAUGCCUGGUAUGCCACCAGGUAUGCCCCCUCCUGUUCCACGUCCUGGAAUUCCUCCGAUGACUCAAGCACAGGCUGUUUCAGCGCCAGGUAUUCUUAACAGACCACCUGCACCAACAGCAACAGUUCCAGCUCCACAGCCUCCAGUUACUAAGCCUCUUUUCCCCAGUGCAGGACAGAUGGGGACACCUGUAACAAGCUCAAGUACAGCUUCAUCCAAUUCAGAAAGUCUGUCUGCGUCUUCUAAAGCUCUGUUUCCUAGCGCAGCACAAGCUCAGGCAGCUGUCCAAGGACCUGUUGGUACAGAUUUCAAGCCCUUAAAUAGUACCCCUGCAACAACUACAGAACCCCCAAAGCCUACAUUCCCUGCAUAUACACAGUCUACAGCUUCAACCACUAGUACAACAAAUAGCACUGCAGCUAAACCAGCAGCUUCAAUAACAAGUAAGCCUGCUACACUUACAACGACCAGUGCAACCAGUAAGUUGAUCCAUCCAGAUGAGGAUAUAUCGCUGGAAGAGAGAAGAGCACAGUUACCUAAAUAUCAACGUAAUCUUCCUCGACCAGGACAGGCUCCCAUUGGUAAUCCACCUGUUGGACCAAUUGGAGGUAUGAUGCCACCACAGCCAGGCAUCCCCCAGCAACAAGGAAUGAGACCCCCGAUGCCGCCUCAUGGUCAGUAUGGUGGUCAUCAUCAAGGCAUGCCAGGUUAUCUUCCUGGUGCUAUGCCACCGUAUGGGCAGGGACCGCCAAUGGUGCCCCCUUACCAAGGUGGGCCUCCUCGACCUCCGAUGGGAAUGAGACCUCCUGUAAUGUCGCAAGGUGGCCGUUACUGAUCUUACUUCAUCCAGUCUAAUAGGUUUGGAGAUUAAACCUUUUCUCAACUUGUGCUGUUUAUAUAGCCAAGCUUCCGUCAAUAAGGCUUCAUUGUGACUUUAACAAACAUUAUCUUCCCACAUACCAGGAACUAUUGGACAUUUAUUUUACAUGGGAAAAUUUAUUUGGAAUAAUAAAGCAGGAACUUUUCCUGAAGUUGCAAUUUAUACUGUAUGGCUUCUUUUUCAUGUUUCAUCUAGGUUUUUAGAAGUGAAGUAUAGUAAAUUUGGUUCGUUAUAUUGUGAAGGCGCUGGAAUUACAUGAACAUACCACCCUAAUAAAGGCAAGUUCUGUAAGCUUAUGUUGCUAUUUGUAAAGUUAUGCCUUCGCAGCAUUUCAGAUGCUGUUGGACUUCAUGUCCCCAACCUAGCUUGGUGAGGGCUGUAACUGUCUUCAAGUACCUGUACAUUGGAAGUCUGAAUGUGUAACAAUAUUUAAUGUAUUUAGAGUUCCUCAUGUUUCAGGGUUUAAGAAAUCUGACCCACCAAGGUCAUGUGACUUUUCUGUACUGUUAAACUUCAUUGUAAUAAAAUGAGAGAAAAAUUUAUGCCUUUUUAUUCAUAACCCAGCUGUGGACCACUGCCUGAAAGGUUUGUACAGAUGCAUGCCACAGUAGAUGUCCACAUAAUAAAAUUCGUAGUUAUACCAAUGCAGUUUUGAUAUAUCAUUGGAUUCUGUCUUUGAAUUGUAGGUUGUUCCUUAGCUGCAUGUUUUAAACUGGACAGUAUAUGUAGAAUUGUAUGUUAGUCCUUCAGUUGACAGAAAAACUUAGAUAUACCUAUGAGUCAUUACAUGGGUAUGAAAUCUUUGUAUUGUGUCACCUUUCCACCCCCUUGGUGUGUCAAUAUAUGUUAGCUAUCAUAGAUAUUUGAAAUGUAAACCUUAAUAUUCCCUCCUUCCUGCUGAUGUUUAGAGCCUAGUGCCAGACCCAUUCAUUUCCUUCUGAUUAUUUUUGAAACUGCGGUACUGUGUGGACCUCAGAAGCUUUUCAGGUGCAAACUUCUAGAAGCUUAGGUGCAUGCAGUAAUAGCCUUCUGUACUGUUAAUGACUGGUAUAUAUUCUAAUGUUAUGAUGAGAAUCUAAAUGUGCCUCUGUUAAGAUGGUUAACAGAUGGAUUUGAAAUUUUUUAUUAUGUUCCUGGAAGAUUACAUUAUUUCUUUGAUUAAAUGGCUACCUUCUGUUAUUAUUAAGCCUAAAUGGCUUUUUACUGUUAACCUUUUCAUUCUUGGAAAUUUGAAUGUUCAACUGUGUUCUAUGGAGAACUUUUCUGUAGAGAUGACUGCUAUUAUUCAGUAUCUUACAUUGCAAGUCUCAUAUAUUAAUAGCCUUGUUGACCUCUUUUUGGCAUCCAUUUUUUUGAUUUUCAUUUUUACAGAGUACUUUUAUGACUAAGUAUCAAAUGACCUGUACAAAGUAUCAUUAUUAAUAUAUUAUGAACUCAGGUUUAGUUUUCCUCAAUAUAAAGUUAAGACAGCUAAGAAAAUAACAUUUCUUUAUAACCUUUAUGUGAAGGUGUAGGUAUAAGGCACAGAAUCUGAAGUUUUGUAUAAACAAAAGAAAGCUUUAACCAUAUAAGAAAAUACUGAAAGAUGUUUUAAUUAUCAUAAAAGAGUGUAUAUAAGUGACAAGUAAAAGUCAUUCAUCUUAAACAAAACAUUGUAAGUAUUAACAAAGCUGAGUGUUAUUUUAAAUCUAUUUUGCUCCAGUGGUUUUACAGCUCCUGUGCUAUUUUUGAGGGUCAAAAAAUUUCAUAGUUUGAAAAGGCAACAUGCAUGUAUCGCCAAGAAUGCAUUUCUUCCUGCUGCCAGCAGCCAAGUCUCUACCCCUUUCUCACCAAACGCCUGUCUACGUAAAUACGUAAUAGAAAUUAUCAUAUACUUCUUAGAUUUGGCAGCAUGUUUAUCAUACUGCCAAAGAAAGACCUGUGUUGAAAAUCUUUUAAGGUAAAAAUGGCAUAAUUAAAUUUAGAAUUAUUAAAUAGGAAAUAUUCUCCCAAACCAAAUUUCUCUCAGGCAUUUCAUGUACAGGCUUAUCAACAAACUACGGAUGGAUUAUAGCAGUGGGGGAGAGGAAUCAGGAAGAGGGAAAAAAAUGGGUUAGUAAUGUUUCAAAAAUUAUGCAAAGCUUGAUUUGCAUUGAUGCAAAGAGAACUGAUAUAUUGAGGUUUGUUGCUAUCUGAGGUCAGAAAGGAGAAAAUAUUGCCACUUUUAAAGAAAUGAUAGAAUUCUAAUUAAAAGUUAAUUCAAAAUGUUAUGCACAACACUUAGGCACAUCGUUCAUCUGUUGUAUUUUGUAGGUAUAUGGCUCAGAUGGUGCCCAUUUGGUAUAUUUAAUGUGUAAUUUGUGCAUGCAUCAGAGUGUAAUUAAGCUUCUAGAAAAUAUCUUUUACCUAAUUGCUUCUGGGGUCCAUAAUGUGGUUAAAUCACGAGUGGAACAAAUUAUGUUGAAAUAAUUAACUCUGACUUACGCUUUCUUAAAGAAUAGAUGGAGUUGAAAUAAACUUCAUCUGCCCUCACAGAAGACAGCUUUGGGACUUGGUAUAUACCGGCAGGCAUUGUGAUUGCCAUAAUUUAGGAAGUUGUAAGAUUAAUGGGGCUGCCAGUUUUGGCUCUUACCUUACAUCCACUGUUACCACUUUCUUUAAAAAAACAAAAACGAUUUUUGUCUGGCACUAGUUUCUAUUGUGUGUAUGACAGUAACAAGACCAGCAGGUGAGGAUCAACUUUUGAGUGACUGCUGGAUAUCAUUUGAUUUGAAUACUAUUUUAGCAAUCUUUCACACUUUUACUGUUAGGAAUGGGGUAAAUAUUCUUUGAGCACUCCUGUUCCACUGAUCAAGUCACAUACUGAACUUAAACUCAGUUUAAUUAAAUUUAGUUAUUUGCAGAGGUGGGCGAGAUUCCCAGUAAAAGUAUGGGCUCAGAGUGGAAUUAUAAUGGACAAUAGAUUUUUUUUUUUUAAAAAGAGCUACUCUUUUUUCCUUUGCUUGCUUGAUCAUUGGGAUUUUUUUAAAUGCAUGUCUUUUAAAUUAAUUGGGUAAUGUUUUUCUAAAAUUAAAAUUUUCUUCUUCCUAUAGCCCUGCCAUAGGACAGGCUGAGGCUGAGUCUCAGUGUUGCCCUGUUCAGUCUGAGGCAAGUGGGAUUUAUUUUAUUCCUUAUAGGGGCUUUCACAGCUUUAUGGCUGUUGGAUAUUCAUGUCCCCAAACUUGCAGCAAGUUUGGUGAAGGCCCCUAAAUUUAAUUAAAUUUAGGAUUUUUAUACUCUCUUGGCAGAGAAGGCUCUAUAUUAAUAUUCACGUUUGACUGUGGUGUUAAUAAACAGAAAAAAGUAUUUGAUAUAUGUAAUUUUAUCUAAUUUACUUUGUGUUACAUAAUAUUUAACAGCCUCAGUAAAGGUGAUGUUAUUUAUAUUGAACUUGAGUAAAUUGACAAAAUUUGACGUUCUUGAUUUGGAGGCAUGAAAUGUUUCAUUCAAAUUUUCCCUUUCACUUUUAGGAAAACCUUACUGGUUAUUUUCUGCUCAAACUAUUAAAUUUAACCUCAAGGAUAAUAAUCAUUGGAAAUGCCACUGGAUACUGAAAUCUGCAUUUUUAAUCCCAAAGUUAUGCAUUGAACGUUAAGGUUGAAAGGUCAUCUGGAAAUGCUUGUGACUUUUAAUAUUUCCAAAUUUCACCACAUUAGAGCAAAUGUUAAUGUAGAGCCCUGUGAAAAGUGGGAAGAUGGUGUGUAUGUGUGGUAUGUAUGCGUAUACACUACACAUUUGAUAUAAUAAAAGAGUUUGGGUAUUACACACUUACCAGUAUGGAUGGAUUACAAAUUUUCAGGCAGCCAAACUGAAAUUGUUUCACAUAGUAAAGUUUAGUAUAUUGAAUUGUGGUUUUGGAACGAUUAUUUUGAGUUUCAUUUUUAUCCUUACUGAACAAUAUUUGAUGCAAUAUGCACACAUGAAAAACACCCGUGUUUGUUUCCAACUAAAAAUUGCUUUUAUUUGGUGGAAAAAGUUGUGUUUAUGUGUGUAUGUUGUAGUGGGCAAGUAACGGGGGAACUGAAAGAGAGGCCAAAACAUUAACUUGGAUUACUUUUGUUCCUUCCCGUGUUAAAGCCACUGUUCUAUGCAGAUAGCAUUUUCCUCUGAACAGUAACAGUUCACUUAUAGUACAAUGUUUAGCAAACCCAGGCUUGUGUUUCUAUGUGGUUUUAAUUCUUGGAAACAUAAAGAAGAAAAAUGAAUUAAAUGAAUUCCAAAUUUUCACCUCUGUUAUUAGAAUAUAAGCUUUUCUCUGUAACUGAAUCAUGGAAAAAAGAUAUUAAUGUUUGAAAAAAGAAUUGUGUCACAACAAAAAAAUUCCACUGGAAUAUUUUACUACCUGCUCAAUAACUGCAUCUUUUAAGACUCCUCAGUUGGAGUUGUUUUCUGUUGCAUCCAUCAUUCCCCAAUAUACUGAAAUAUUCAAGAGUGAAGUUGCUUGUCCUAAUUCUAAUAGUGAUCAUUGAAAUAAUUAUAAUUGAAAUACCCUCUUAAAUGCUUGAGUACUGGCGUGGGAGGGAUUUUCUAAGGGAGACAUAAUUUGUUGAAGGUGAUACAGAUAUCUAAGAUGUAGGUUCUUCGAUCUUUGUAGUCCUCUGACUCAGACAAAUACAGUUUUGAGAAUAACUUUCAGGUAUCUAUUAUAUCCACAGGUAAAACUUAGUAAAUUACUGAAAGGAAAUGUUGAAGUCACUUCUUUACUGAGAUGAAAUUUUGUUUAAGUAAACUGACACUUGUAUCGGUUAGGGGAUUUUUUAAAAAGUAGUAAACAUGUUCCCUAAAAUUUUGUGUAAAUCAAGUAUGUCUUUUUUUAAAGGCGGUAUUUAUCUACCUUAUUGAAUAACCUUUGUAUGUUAUUCCAAAAUGAAACUGGUUUUCUUACUCUUUUAUGGAAGUCUUCUAAAAGAAGAGAUUGAUUAUAAGACUAUUGACUAUAAGGCAGAGUUUUGUAAGUAAACAUUCUCCCAUUUAUGCUUCUGCUAUCAUGAUUUGAAUAUUAGUAUAGGUUAUUCCUUUUUAGCCUUCUUUCUCAGUAUUUUGUUUUCUGUCAUCCGAAUCAUUUUAAUAAAUGAUCUUUUGUUUUAAUAGCAUAGCAAUCAUCUGAUAUUUCUUGGCAAAAUAAGCAGCUACUUUAAUGAUGUUAUAUAUAGUGUCAUGCACAUAGUGGAUAUUCACAAUUUUGUAAUUAAUGUUGUAUUUUCAGAACUAUACUUUCAAUAUCUUGGCUCUUAGGCAUCCCCUGUUAUGAAUCUAAUUCAAACUAAUACAUAGCAAAUGGGGAAAGCGGGACCUCAGUUUGAGCUCCCUAAUUAAACAUCUCCAACAUUUCCAAGUGUUUUCAUGUUCUUACUUGGCAUUUUUGUAGGAAAAUAAGUUUGAAAGUAUCAUGUUUUAAAAAACUAGAUUUCUUCAGUAAGGCUCAGAGGAGAAUUGUUUUUUAUAAGCAUUGUUUUUCUUGCUGUGGACUUCAUACAUUUUUGCAUAAUAAUUUGGCCAUAAAAGGAAGAGCCUUUCAUUUUCUUCCCAACUCUGGAAAAAUAAUAGCUUGAAACUGUAUUAGUUUGAAAUUUUUGAACCAUUUCUCUUUAAAUCUGUUCAACUAAUCUCAUGUAUGUUCUCAGGGGAAAUUACAUUUUACGAGUCAGGAUAUAGAAAUCAUAUUAAGGCAGAAAUUGGAGACCCAAAGGAGAUCGUCACUGAAGCUAAUUUGAACUAUUUCUAUUUGAAGCAAAUUGAACACUGUAUUAUAAAUGAAGACUGGUUCAUGGUUAGGUUCUUUAGGAGGCAAAUAAUCACCAGCUUUAUCAUGAGAAUAUGUUUGUGUAUAUGUUGUAAUUUUGGGCACAUUAACUACAGAGAAGAUACAUGUGAGUAAACUGUUUUAACAGUUGAUUAGUUGGACCCCAGCCAUUAAUUCCAAAUGCUGUAAUGGUAUGUAAGGUUGUGAUAUGGCACAGUUUCAGUAAUGUGCUGUGUGUUUGGUCAGGGGUUUGUGUAAUGCUUUGUUUGUAAAAAAGGGGAAGUCCUUUAUUGGAAUUCUCCGGGCCUUUUGGCAUUCUUACUGUGUCUGGGUUUUUUUUUUAUCAUUAUUAUAGUUAAGAAUCAUAUGCCUUCGUUUUUGUUUAAAUGUGAGGAACUGGCAGUGAAAUUCAUUGAUGCCCAACUUGGAUAAAAAUGAAGAAUGUUGUUUGCCCAGCUUACAACACACAGACCAGUAGUGAUUAUUUGGGUGAGAGGCCAUUGUACAGUAUCGUUAGACUUUUAAGAACCUUAAAUGUAAUGGAAGGUAAUAGUAUUUUGGCCUUGGUUUACAUUCGUUAUGCAAGAUUUCAUCAAAUCAUUUAUUAUAAUGUAGCUCAUUCUUAAUAUUUUUAUUUAUAAAUAAUUUGGCAAUCAGAUGAAAAUAAACAAGGUUUACCACGUCAUUUUCCAGUUUCUACUAAUAAAACAAGUCUGCUUAACUACCCAAGUGGACCAAGGGAAGCGUUAUUAAAGUUUCUGUAAGUUUGAGUUAGAAAAAUAUGGGAGAUUUAGUUACUGAGCAUAGCCUGCCUUUUAGCUAUUAGCUUGUUAGUGUACUUAUAGGAGAAGCAAUAGAAUGUGCUUUUCAGCCCAUGUGUUUAAAAUGGAAAAUCUUUAAUAUACAGAAAUGAAGUCAAGUAUUUUAGAAGUUGAAUUUAAAAUAUUAAAAAUUGCUUGUUUCUGUGGGAUGUGUCUUACAUGUACUUAAAUCAGAAAUUAUCAUGCAGAGAUUUUUAUUCCUAGAUAUAUGUACCCCCCUCUCCUUUUAGAGUAACCCAUAUCUUUAUAGUACACAUACUGGAAUAUAUAAUUUAUUAAAAUUGAGAGGUGUCCAGGAGAUAUACAGUAUUAUUAACUCAUUCUCAUAAGGUCACUCUAAAUUUAAUAGCCAAUAUAAGGUACUUUUUGUAAGACAGGGAAAUUUUUUUUAAUGUAGUAAUGUCAGGCUCUGAGGAAAUUUUAUGCACAUUGACUUUUUAAACUAUGAAUUGAACUCCUCAGUUUAAUACAAUUUGUGUUUUUGUUAACUAGCAGCAGAAUUUCAGCAUUUGCUACUUACUGGUAGAGAAGAAAAAUCCCACAGCCCUGCCAGUACAGGUUAGUUUAAUCUGUAAGUACCUGAUGUUCCUAUUUUUUUCAAACAUAUCCAUAUAACCCACACCAGGAAGAAAGCUGUGCAGUUACUUAAAUGUGAGUAUGACAUUGGACACUUCUAAACACUCAGUACUUGGGCCAAAGUAGCUCUAGGUUUGCUCACCUGAGUUGUAAUAAAGGUGUGAUACUGCUCCUUUAUUAUCGGGUUACGGUUAAACCUAAAUAGAUAUGUUGUACAUAGAAAGAAGACUGAAAGUUUUAAUUGGCUAUAUGCUCAUGUUGGUAUAUGGAGUACAGGUGUUUGGGUCCAGGGUCUCCUACUUAAGCCGCUCCUUGGUACUCAUACUUACCUUUUAACUUUUUACAGUAUGAAUCAACAGAUAAAAAGUCAAGUUUCCUCACCUCUAGUAGUGAUAAAUGGUGUGCAGUCAUAUGCCAGAAUAUAUUUUUAUGCUGCUUUUUUGUUCUUAGAUAUUUUUAGUAACUCUUGUUGUAAGUACUAAUUUUGUUCAUCCUUUUUGUAAACUAUAACCUGUUGGUGCACCACCACUGUGGGUUCAUUUUAAUUUGAACUAAGAAGAACCUUUUUAAUAUUCAGAUGAAAGCUGACUACCCAUCAAGAAAUCUAGACACAUUCUUUGCAUAUUCCUUUUGAGGAGCAGUGAGGACAUAACAGGUUGUGAAAGUUAUGUUAAAGUUUUUAUUAGUUUCAUUGGUUCUACCAGCGUUCAUUGUUGUCUUGAACCAUCCUUCAGAGAUUUCCUUUAACCUUUAAAUAUUGUGCUCUUAUGUUGAUAAAAAUUUUAAAUACUGAGGAGAGAAGAAGAAAGUAUACAAUUUAGUUUAUACAAGCCUACCUGAACCAUUCUGCUAUUCUGUAUGGCUUCCUCUUCACCUUAAGUGUAAUAUUGUAUAAUGUGAGUCUGUCCGUACAACUACUGAUUUUUUACUCCUGUUAAAGUGGGAUGGUGAUAAAGACCUUGAUUUAUCAACCGAUAAUAAAAUAUAUUUUAUAAGAUAUCCACUUGUUUUUUAACAUAAAAUUGCCUAAGGGCUUAAGUUUCAUUGCCUUUCACAGUUUAAUCUGUAUAAGAAAUGGCGUAGAUACAGUGGAAUGGUUUUCCUUAAAACCAUCUCUUUAAAGCUGCUUUUCUGGUGAGUACUAUUUUAUACUUUUAUAUAUCACUAUUUUUCCAUUUAAAUUUAACUUAAGUUGGACACUUUGAUCAAAGUGUAUGAGUUUCUACACUCUUAUUACCUGAAUUGAGAAUGUUAAGGUGAUUAUUUUACCUCCCUAUGUUUCUCUAAUAAUUGGGGCUCACUUUUUUCCUGACCUUCACUUAAUAGACUAUAUAACUGCAAAAACUUUAACAUGUAAAUUAUUUCUUUUUGGUGAGAUAGGAAAGAUGUUUUUACUCAAAACUAGUGUUAAAACAAUUUUUAUUUUAACUUAAAAAUUUUUUUAGUUGACAGGCAAAAGUGGUUUUUUUCCUCAAUGCUUUUGGUUGCCAUGUUGCAUAGGUUUAAAAUUUAAAGACCAGAAUUUUUGUCUAGUGAUUCUUGAGUAGUUAAGCUGGGAAUAGAGUUGAAGGAAAGCUUGCCCAAAAUGGUCAUGCAGACUAAUUGCUUACAGGAGUCUCUGAGUGAAGCUUGAGAAUUUCAAAUGUAUUCUUAAAUCAUUCUAACCUUGCAUGAAAAACUUGGGUUGGACUACUGAUUUCUGGGAUUGUGUAUACCCGUGAAAAUUAGCCUGAGCAUAUUUCUAAUUACUUGAUCCCCUGUUAAAUCCCUCCGUCAUUGUAACACGUGGAUUUUUUCUCUCUAGCUUUUAGCCACAUCCUACCUAACAUCAGUUUAUCUUAAGGAUGUUUUCACAUUGUAUUUCCUGCUGUGAUCUUUGUAAGCCAAUAAUAAAAAGUCAGCUCAUGCUUUUUAGUAUGAACAGUGAUAGUCUUCUAAAAUAAAUCUGAAAAUUUGAAUAUGUGAUAAUGGUAAUGUAUUCUUCUAGAUAAGCACUACACAAAGUGUGGACCCUCAAUUUAUGUCUUUAAGAUUUAAAGUGAAGUAAAUUUCUAAGGAACUCUGUCCUUUCCUAGCAAGGAUAAGCAGACACUGAAAAUUUGUUGGUUGGCUGGAUGAUAUCUUCAGAUACAUUUUUGAGAAGAAGUGUACAUAGCUGGUGUAUUUCUUGACUCUUUGCAUAUUUGAGAACAUUUUUCUGUUGCCUUCAAAUGUGAUCAACAGUCUGGAUAAAGAAUUCCCAUCAAUAUUCUAAUAACCUGAAGCCUAGAGAGGCCAGAACUACUGAAGCCUGCGUGCCUAGAGCCCGUGCUCCGCAACAAGAGAAGCCACGUCAGUGAGAAGCCCGCGCACCGCAACGAAGAGUAGCCCCCGCUCGGCUCAACUAGAGAAAUCCCGUGCACAGCAACGAAGACGCAACACAGCAAAAAAAAAAAAAAAAAAAAAGACACCAUAUACAAAGGGCCACCAAUUACGAUGGCAGCUGACUUCUCAUCAGCAACAAUAGAGGCCAGGAAACAAUGUCUCAAAUACUGAGGGCGUAUAUAUUGACCUAGAACUUUAUCCACAGCUAAAAUAACAUUCAAGAAUGACUGUAAGUUAGAAACAUUUUUAGACAUGAGUUUAGUACAGAACCUCACUUAAGAAUUAUUAAAAGAGGGCUUCCCUGGUGGUGCGAUGGUUAAGAAUCCACCUGCCAGUGCAGGGGACACAGGUUUGAGCCCUGCUCCAGGAAGAUCCCACGUGCCACGGAGCAACUAAAUCCGUGCGCCACAACUACCGAGCCUGUGUGCCACAACUACUGAAGCCUGUGCACCUAGAGCCCGUGCUCUGCAGCAAGAGAAGCCACCACAAUGAGAAGCCUGCACACUGCAACGAAGAGUAGUCCCCGCUCGCUGCAACUAGAGAAAGCCCGCACGCAGCAACGAAGACUCAACACAGCCAAAAAUAAAUUUAUUUUAAAAAAUUAUUAAAGGAUACAUUUCUGCAAGGAGAAAAGUGAAUCCAGAGAGAAGAUGUGGGAGUAAAGAAGCAAAGGCAGGGCUUCCCUGGUGGCGCAGUGGUUGAGAGUCCGCCUGCCGAUGCAGGGAACACGGGUUCGUGCCCCGGUCCGCGAAGAUCCCACAUGCUGCGGAGCGACUGGGCCCGUGAGCCGUGGCCGCUGAGCCUGUGCGUCUGGAGCCUGUGCUCCGUAACGGGAGAGGCCGCAACAGGGAGAGGCCCGCGUACUGCAAAAAAAAAAAAAGAAGCAAAGGCAGUUUCUGCAAUAGGAGAGGUGGUGGCUAAAUAGAAAAUGAUUUGACAAGUCAGUACAUUUAAAUCAGUUAUUGACUGCAAAGUAGACACUUUUUUUGUGAUAAAAAAGUUGAAAUAAACCAACAGUUCCUGAAUGUGUUGGUCUUAGGAUCCCUUUAUACUCUUAAAAAUUAUUGUAGGCCCAAAGAGCUUUUGUUACAUGGGUUAUAUCAACUGAUAUUUGCCAUAUUAGAAAUUAAAACUAAUAUUUAAAAAAUACUAUUUCAUUUGCAAAUAAUAAACCUACUACAUGUUAACAUUUUUAUGAAAAAUAUUUCCCAAGAUAGAAAUUUAAUGAAUGGUAUUGUUUGUACAUUUUUGCCAGUGUCUUUAAUGUGUGGCUUAGAAGACAACUGGGUUCUUAUAUAUGAAUCAGGUAUUCAUUUUCAUGUAUAUAUUAUUAUAGAUGAAUCACAUUAUUCAUAAAUUCUUAUUUCUGAAUUGAAAUACCUGUAGAAAAUUCAGCCUCACACAGACAUGUAGUUGGAGAAGGGAAUAUAUUAAUAGCCUUUUUUCUUGACAGCUUAAAUUUUUUUCUUUUCCUUGAAGUGACAAGAGCACUUCAUUUUCAAGGAAAUGUCUGUCACAUACCCACGUCUGCAGAACCAUGGUUUGUCUGUCAGUCGUUCUUCAAAUAAAAAUGAUGUUCUGUGCAAAAAAAGUGGCUUGUUAAACUCAAUCACACGAGUGCUUCUCCAAGAGACAACCACUGUACUGUGUGCAGCAAAAGUGCUUUAUGCAUGUUUCCUAUAUCAUCACCCAGAUUUUAAAAAAGACAUAUUUGUGGGUCAAAAUUGAAUAAAAUCAGUAAUUUUUACUGCCUCAUCAAGGGCACUCUUAAGCGUAAUUGGCUUUUUUUUCUGUGAGUGCAUGACAAUGAAGAAUACAAUGACAGCUGGGACAGUUUGGUACCACUGCCCUGAUUCAUGUAAGGUGCCAGCUGUUUUACCCAUCAUUGCUUUCAUAUCAUCAGUGCAAAUGUCAACAGAGUGGGGGAAAAGCAACAUCUUAGUAAUAUUAUAAAAUAGCUUUAACCUUGCAGAUUCUUGAAUGGGUCUCGGGAAACACAUUCGAAGAACAGCUGCUCUAAUGAGAGAGGACCUCUUCACUAAGAACCUCUUUAUGUUCAGGAGGAAGGCAAACAUAGCUGAAGAAUAUUUAGAAUAAAGGUAAAGUUAAGUGUGCCCUCUAAAAGUAAGAAUAGGGACUUCCCUGGCAGUCCAGUGGUUAAGACUGUGCUCCUAAUGCAGGGGACGCAGGUUCGAUACUUGGUCAGGGCACUAGAUUCAACAUGCCACAACUAAGAGUUUGCAUGCCACAGCCUAAAAAGGAAAAAAGAAAACAAAAUAAGAGUAAUUACUAAAAAAAAAAAUAAUAAUUACUGAAAGAAAAAGAAGGCAUCUAUAAUUUCCAAACAAGCAGAGCUAUAAAAGGGAGUAUAGAAAUCUAUCAAUUCAAUAGAAGGCAGGAGAAAAGAAUCAGAAGGAUAACAAAUAUAUUGAAAACUAUAUAAAGUAGGGAAAUAAAUCCAGCUACAUCAGUAGUCAAAAGUGUGAAUCAACUCCUCUGUAAAAAAUUAGUUUGUCAUAUUAGAUUUUUAAAAAUUCAUUUAUAUGUUGCUUAAAAGAGACACAACUAAAACCUAAUUUUUGAAAAGUGUUGAAAAGGAGAAAACAAUUCAGGUAAAUACUAAAAGGAAGCUUGUGCAGCAUAUUAUUAUCAGGCAAAAUGACCUUUAAGGCAAAAACCAUUAAUUAGGAUAAGAAGGGACAGUACCUAGUGGUAAAAGAAAUCUAAGAAGAUACUAAAGUAAAAAACUAUGUACCUUCCAGUGUAUUCGCCGACAACUGCAAGGAGAAAUUGACAGACGCCCUGGUCGUGGUGGAAAAUUAUGGUGCAGCUCAAUCAGAAAUUAGUAUAGCAGAUUAAAGAAAAAAAAUCAGCUUACAAAAAACAAAAGCAUUCUUGUACAUGCAUUACAGUUAGUACAUGUAAUGGGAAGAAAACACUAGUAACAACCAACUCAUUCUAUGAUGCUUUUUGCAAGAUUACAACCUUAAUAUAAGGAUGAGCAAGGGUGUUCAAGAAAGAACAUUAGAAACCAAUCUCAGGAGUAGAGAGAAAAGAAAAACAACAUUCUCACAAAUUUAGCAGUGUACUAAAAUAAUGCAUAAUGAGCAAAGAGGAUGUAUUUUAGAAAUGCAAGAAUUUAAAAAUUCUUUUAAAAUAUAAGUCAUAUUUAUCACUCUUCUGCUCAAAAUUCUUCAGUGGCAAAAUUAAAAGUUCUGCCUUGAGGGCUUUGCACCUGUGGUUCCUUCAGCCUACCAUGGACUUUCUUUGAUCUUCCCUCAAAUGUCACUCCAGUGAGCCCUUCCCUGACUAUCCUAGUUAAAUUUCAUUUUCUAGCUAGCACUCCUUACCCUCCUGCUCUGCUUUGUUUUUCUCCAGAGCACUUAUGAGUUGUGCUGUAUUUUAUUUUAUUGUUUAUUAUCUGUCUUCCCAAAUAGAAUUUAAGCUUCAUGAGGGCAGGGGUUUUUGCCGGUCAGUUCCCUGCUUUUCCCAGAGUCUAAAACGGUGCCUGGCACAUCACAGUCACUCAAUAAAUAUUUGUUGAAUGAAUGAAUGACUAGUUCAACAUCAGAAAAUCUACCAACAGGGUAGAAGAGAAAAAUCAUAUGAUAAGCUCAUAUGCAGAAGAAUUUGAUAAAAUUAUUCAUUCAUGAUAAGAACUUAGCAAACAAUAAAUAGAAAAAAAUGUCUUUAAUUUGCUAAUAAUAAAAAAUUUAGAGUUAAUGGCAUACUUGAUGGUGAAACUUUAGGAAUAGUUACAUCAAAGACAGAGCCGAAAAAAAAAAAGACAGAGCCGAGACAAGAAGUUGCUGCUCUCACCUAUUCAAUUUUGUGCAAGGACAAGAAAAAGUACUAAGGGAUAUAAAAUUGAAAAGUAAAAAAAAAAGCUGUCCUAAUUGUAAAGGAAGUCUACACUAAAUGUUCAAGAGAAUCUACAAACUAUUAGAAAGUUCAGAGAGGUAACUGUUAUAUAAAGAUUAGCAUUCUUACAAGUAACAAUUAGUAUAUAUAAUAGAAAAAUGAUCCAAUUUAUAAUAGUGACUUAAAACAUAAGCUUCUCAGAAAUUAAUGUAAUGAAAGAUGCAAUGGAAAAUUUUGCAAGAUAGUAUUAGGGAGCAAAAAAGUCCUGACGUCAUGGAGAUAGAUUCAUAGAUGGAAAGAUGUAAUAUCAGAAAAAUAUCAGUUCUCUCCAAAUCUAUAAAUUAAACAGUAUGCCUAAUGAUUUUCCCUGGAACUUGACAAUAAUCUAAGAUUUAUAUGGGGGACUUCUCUGGUGGUCCUGUGGCUAAGACUCCACACUCACAAUGCAGGGGCCCCGGGUUCGGUCCCUGGUCAGGGAACUAGAUUCAACAUGCCACAACUAAGAGUUUGCAUGCCACAACUAAAGAUUCCACAUGCUGCAACUAAGACCUGAUGCAGAUAAAUAAAUAAAAUAUUUUUUAAAUUAAAAAAAAAUUGUGUGAAAAAGUAAAAAACCUGGAACAUUAAGACAACUUUAUUUUUUUUAAUUUAUUUAUUUUCGGCUGAGUUGGGUCUUUGUUGCUGCUCUUGGGCUUUCUCUAGUUGUGGUGAGUGGGGGCUACUCUUUGUUGCAGUGCGCAGGCUUUGUUGCGGAGCAUGGGCUCUAGGCACGCAGGCUCAGUAGUUGUGGCUCACGGGUUCUAGAGCGCAGGCUGAGUAGUUGUGGCACACGGGCUUAGUUGCUCCGUGGCAUGUGGGCUCUUCCCAGACCAGUGCUCGAACCUGUGUCCCCUGCAUUAGCAGGUGGAUUCUUAACCACUGUGCCACCAGGGAAGUCCCUAUUUCUAAUUUUUUGAUGGACCACCAUACUGUUUCUACAGCAGCUGUACCAGCUUACAUUCCCAACAACAGUUCAUAUUUGUUGUUUCUGGGUUUUUUUUGAUAGGGACCAUCCUAAUGGGUAUGAAGUGUUAUAGGAGGUUUUUUUUUUUUGCAGUACGCGGGCCUCUCACUGUUGUGUCCUCUCCCGUUGCGGAGCCCAGGCUCCGGACGCGCAGGCUCAGCGGCCAUGGCUCAGGGGCCCAGCCGCUCCGCAGCAUGUGGGAUCUUCCCGGACCAGGGCACGAACCCGUGUCCCCUGCAUCGGCAGGCGGACUCUCAACCACUGUGCCACCAGGGAAGCCCUCAUAGUAGUUUUGAUUUGCACUUCCCCAAUGAUUAGUGAUGUUUAGUGUCUUAUCAUGUGCUUCUUGACUACUUGUAGAUCUUCUUUGGAGAAAUGUCUAUUCAAGUCCUUCGUCCUUUUUUGAAUCAGGUUGGUUUUUUGUUGUCGUUGUUGCUGUUGAGUUUUAGGAAUUCUGUAUAUAGCCUGAAUAUUAAUCCCUUCUCAGAUAAAUCAUUUGCAAAUAUUUUUUCCCAUUCUGUGGGUUGCCUUUUUACUCUUUUGAUAGUAUCUUUUGAUGCACAAAAGUAAAAGAAUUUUUACGAAGUCCAGUUUGUCUGUUUUUUCAUAUCCAAGAAAUCAUUGACAAAUCCAAUGUCAUUUCCAAAGUACUUUUGCAUAUACUAUUUCACUUGUGCCUCAAAGAUACAUAAAGGAUGUUUAUUUCAGUUCAGUGAUCAUUUAUAGAGUAGGUUUUGUGCUAGGUUUUGUACUAGAUCUUGGGGAACCAAAGAUAAGACAAGAACUCUGACCACAGGUAACAUCAACAGACAACAUUGGAAUAUACAGUCAGAAAUGUUUAUAUGAAAACAGUGAUUAGGGGAGAGACAGAUUGUUGGGAGGUGUUAAUGAUAGAUAGUGAUGGCACUCAUACUCUGUUAUAUAUUUUUUCUUUUUUUUUCCAACUUUAUUGAGAGAAAAAUAAUCGAUAUGUAACAUUGUGUAAGGUAAGGUGUACAAUGUGUUGAUUUGAUAUAUUACAUUUUUUGUUUCAAGGAAGAAUUGGUGUUUUUUUACACCAUUUUGGAAUUAUAUUUCAUAAUUUAUAUAGCUGAUUUGAUAUACUUUUGAAAAUUGUAUUUUCCACAGUUAUAAUUUUUUUCCUCCAAAAAAUCUGAGUGAUAUAUUAGAACAUUGAACCUAGGCCACCCUCCUUGAUAUUGUGUUUGUGGAAAGAGUGAUUAAUCUAUGUGCAUAAUUUGGCCCCUUGCAUCCAAAAUGCAAUUUUGUUUAUUAGAAAUAUUUUAGAUAAUUAAUGCUUUGUAGCUUUGUGUUGUUAUUUUUAUUUUAUUUUUUAAAAUUUAUUUAUUUUUGGCUGCAUAGGGUCUUCGUUGCUGCGCGUGGGCUUUCUCUAGUUGCAUCAAGCAGGGGCUACUCUUUGUUGUGGUGAGCGGGGGCUACUCGUUGUUGUGGUGUGCGGGCUUCUCAUUGCAGUGGCUUCUCUUGUUGUGGAGCACGGGCUCUAGGUGCGCGGGCUUCAGUAGCUGUGGCUCGCUGGCUCUAGAGUGCAGGCUCAGUAGUUGUGGCACAUGGGCUUAGUUGCUCUGCGGCAUGUGGGAUCUUCCUGGACCAGGGCUUGAACCCAUGUCCCCUGCCUUGGCAGGCGGAUUCCCAACCACUGCACCACCAGGGAAGCCCUUGUGUUGUUAUUUUUAGAUCUGAAAAAGAUGGAGAGAAAUAAAACAUGGCAAAUCUAUUGCUUGAAGUAGAUGAAAAGAGUCAAACUUCAGCAAAAACAAAAGCCCCUGAAAUGAAGAACAGAAAAUCUGUGAUUAUUAUCAUUAUUAGCUCCGCAGGGAUGUUGAAGUGAUCAGCAUAUCAAUAACAUAAUUAAGUAGAAAGGUAUUUUUAAAUUUUGAGAAAGAGAGAAACCAUUCCUCUAGGGUAUGUCUCUUUUUUUUUUUAAAUAAAUUUAUUUAUUUAUUUUUGGUUGUGUUGGGUCUUCGUUUCCGUGCGAGGGCUUUCUCUAGUUGCGGCGAGCAGGGGCCACUCUUCAUCGCGGUGCGCGGGCCUUUCACUGUCGCGGCCUCUCUUGUUGAGGAGCACAGGCUCAGUAGUUGUGGCUCACAGGCCUAGUUGCUCCACGGCAUGUGGGAUCUUCCCAGACCAGGGAUUGAACCUGUGUCCCCUGCAUUGGCAGGCAGAUUCUCAACCACUGCACCACCAGGGAAGCCCCUAGGGUAUGUCUCUUAUAUACUCAGAAAAAUUUGCGCUUUUUUUAGUUAGGCAUCAGUGAUGAAUAAAUAGUCCAUUCAUACUAAAUACACUUGUGCUCCUUCAGGAGCAUAUAUACAUAUUAAUUACACCGAUACAGAUCUGAUACCAAGGAAAAAUAUACAAAUCUAUUGCAGAUUCUUUUCUUUUAAAUUAUUUUAACUAUCUAUUUUUUUAAUUUAUGGCUUUGUUGGAUCUUAGUUGCAGCACGCGGGCCUCUCUCUAGUUGUGGUAUGUGAGCUCCAGAGCGUGUGGGCUCUGUAGUUGUGGAGCGCAGGCCUAGUUGACCAGCAGCAUGUGGGAUCCUAGUUCCCGGACCAGGGAUCAAACCCAUGUCCCCUGCAUUUGAAGGCGGAUUCCCAACCACUGGAUCACCAGGGAAGUCCCUGCAGAUUCUUUUAUGUGUUGUGUAGAGUUCCUUACUUCAUAUGGAAGUGACCCUGUGAGCGCCAUAACAAAAGCUUUGUUAGGAGUUGGUUUUCUUUUGGAACGGGAUCCCUUUAUUCUGAUAAUUUAUUCUGACGUAAGACCUCUACCCAAGGAAAUAAUGGAAUUAUUUUGAGCAGUGCUACCAUCCAAUCAGAGAAUGCUAGCCUUCAGGGAGAUCCUCUGGCUCUGCUAGUCUCCUUACCAAGGCCAAGUCAAGAUUUUCCACCAGGACUGGCCUUUGGAUGAUAGAUUUGCAAUAUCUGGUAGAGGGCAUGUGUUAACAUUGCCUAGUAAUCUCUGGUUGCUUUUGUGGAAUUCAGAUGCAGAUUUGAUUAGUGACUAACCAUCAUCCCACAUAUGGGGACAUCGUGAGAUAAUUGAUAAUUUUGGGAAAAUCUCAUGUUGGUUCUGUAAUUUGACCACCUCUUUUGUGCAGGAUUUGGGGAUGAAGGUGGCAUUCUGUAACUGAAAGAACAGAAGUUUUGUCAUCAGAGUGAUUUGGGCUCAAAUCAACAGUGUUUGGGUUCAAAUCCUGACUCUGACUAGCAUUGUAACUCUGGGCAAGUGACUUAACUUCUCUGAAUCUCAAUUUCGUUUGUAAAAAAAAGCACUAGUGUUACUUUAUAGGGUAAUGGAAAUUAAAUAAAAUCUUACCACAGUGCUUAGCAUAUAGUAAGUACAGUUAUUCUACUAUCAGUGAUACAAACAGCUGGAGCAAUAUUUGGCGCAUUUUAUUUGUACCUCAAAGGUAUGUAAACUCAGUAAAGAGUUAGAGUUCCCUUCUAACAUUAGUUUUCCAUUGUUGUUAAUACAAAGAAAUUUUCAUGAAAAUAUUACUGUACUAGUUAUUGAAAUUGUGUGUUGUUAAAAUUUGAUCAUCAAAGGAAAUGCAUUCUGUUUUUUAGCUUUGUUGUUAGAUCUCUUUAUCCAGUUCAUAUUACACUUAAAUAAACACAUCCUUAGGCCUACUGCUUUUAGCUUUUAGACUAGGAAUUGCUAUUGAGGAGGAAUAGAGACCAGGCCAUAUUUAUAAGGGCUCUGAAAGAAAUCUUGUGAAGUACAAACCAAGAUAAGACACUAUUAGGUAGAUGCAAAUGAAUCAGAAUGCAUGGGAUGAGUAGAAUUCAGAGUGCUGUUAAAAAGCCUUAUGCCUCAGAGCUAAUAGGCUAUUUUUAAACGAUGAUAACCCUAAGAGUCUUGAAAGAAAAUUUAUAAAGGAAAGUUUGGUUUGGGGUGGGGCUCAGGGAGCAUUUGCAGAUGGAAUGGAGAGAACUCUGAAGAUGAGCAGGGAUUCAGAGUCCUGAGGAAUUUUCAGAGUGAUAAGAUUAUGAGAGACAGUCCCUGUGAAUCUGCAUGGUGAAUUUACUUGAUGCCUAUAUUUUCAGGACCUGUUGACAUUUUAUCCAUCCUUAAAGGCCUCUCUUAAUUGCUAUUUUCUCCCAAAGUCUUCUCCAGUUUUUCUGCUAGCUAACAAGAAUCUUUUCUCUUUAUACUAAAUAAAAGGAACCAUGAGUUUGGGGGAACAUUUUUAUAUUUCUCUUAUGAGAAAUUAUGUUACAGUUGUGUCAUAUUAUUACAUGAAUGUGUCUGCUUCUUAACUCAUGGUAUAGAAGGAAGAACAUGAGUUCUUAGGUUGGAAAUACCUGGAUUUGAAUACUACCUCUGAUCUUUUAUAGCAAUGUGCUUUUUUGUUGUUGUUAUAUAAUGUCUAUUUCCAAAGGGUUGGGAGGAUUAAAUGGAAUAAUAUGUAGAGAGUACUUUUUACCUUCUGCUGAUCUAAUGGCAUAGAAUUUCUGUUCCUUGCUCUCUGAUAAGGAUCCUAAGGAGGUGGUUUGAAAAGGGAAAUUUAUAGAUACUAGAUGGAAUCGAAAACCCAGGUGUAUGAGGAGUCAUAUGUAAGAUGUCUGUCUUUUAAUCUCACUGAUUAAAUUGAUGAACAAAGAGAAACUGUGAGAUAUCAGGAAAAGCUGUUACUAGUCACUCAGAUUAUACAUAUUGAAUACAUUUACUUUAUACAUUACAUAACGGAAAUGCUACCACCUUGUACCAGAAACAAUUUCUACUAGGAAAAUUAAUUCUGACAGGACAAAAUUCUUGUUUAAAAUUUGGACAGAUAUCUGUAUUAUUGAAUUAGCCAAAUGAGAAGAGAAACAUUCUAAAAAUGUAGCUUGUGAUUUACCGACUUAAUGCAGAUGGCUUACUUGUCUAGUAACCAUACAGCUCUGUCCAGAUUUUGCACAUAAUAUGUCAGAAUCAUCUACAUAAGAUGCAGCGUGGACUAAUGCAAAGGGAACCUGGGCUAGAAGUCAGAAGAACUGGAGGCAAGUCCUAAUGUUAUCUGAGACCAGGCCUCUGUUAUAUGGGUCUUGUUACUGUGGCAAAACAAUGGUAAACUAUAGGCUGGUCAGAGAAGCAUUGUGCAGGAUGAAACCUUGCAGCUCUGUGCAUCAGUGUGUGUGGUGGUAGAGGCGGGGCGGGGGAGGGGCGGCGGCGGUUUGAGUUACUAAAGAUGGCUAAAACCGACUGAAGCAGCGACCUCUAAUCGAUAAAAGACAACAGACUCCCUGUGAUGCCUAAGAAUAAACAUGAGUUUGAAAGACCCUCUCUGAGAUACACGAAACCCUGACUAGACUUCACAGGUCUGAUGAUAUGCUGGUGGUUCUGUGUUGCCAUAUCUUGAAGAAAUGUUCAUCAGGUCCUGAGAAGCAAAGUCAGGGAAGAGGUCCUCGAAUUUACUAGCUUGCACCAGACCAUCAGGUAAAGGUAGGACAUUUAUUUGGCUUAGAAUAUUCUUCAGAGAGGGACAGUGAAAUACUCGUGAGAUGAUCCAGGUAAUAAAAAGGUCAUGAAAAAUUGUCUCUGAAAAAAAGAAUCGAGGAGAAAUGGAGACUUCCAGAGAAAAGCCACCAAAUGCCUAUGUAUCAAAAUGCCUGCCAAGAACACAGCCAUUGAAUGGUGACAUCUGAGUGGCUUUGUUUGUUGGAGUUGUCUCAGGUGAGGUAAGUUUAUGUCUUCUCACUCUCCUUGAUCUUUGUAUAAUUCCCUGGUGCUUUACAGUGACUCCACAACUUUCUUAUUGUGGGUUCUGGGCAAGUUCCUUAACUUCUCUAAACUAGCCUCAGUUUCCUCAUCUGUAAAACACAGAUCUGUAGUGCCUGCUACUAAAGGCGGCUUUAAGGAUGAAGUGAAGUAAUAUAUGUGAAAGUUUCACUAUCAGAUACUUGAUAAGCUCCCUUCUGCCAAGGAGCUCCUAAGAUCGAUAGGCAGAGCAUGAUGUCACUUCACUGCUAGCCUCUAGCUACAGUAACACUAGCACUUUGAGUCCUGUUCUGACUUGUGAUCCUUAUUUUUAAUCAUUUUACUUCUGCCCAGUGGAGGAAAAACAAAUGGAGCAAGUUGUAGAUGCCACAAAGCCCUUUAUAAAUGGUUGUAAGGCUAGUAAUGCUCCAGUGCUUGCACAGGAUGGGUUUCCAAACAAUCCUCGCUAGUACAGAGUGUAAUUUCAGAGGCCCAAGGAAAAGUCUGAGUACUCCUCUCAGAGGCAGAAGUGUAAGCAAUCAGUUCCUUCUUUAAAAAAACCCACAAAAAACAACAAAAAAAGGCAUUAUUGAGAUAUAAUUCACAUAUCAUAAAACUGAUCUCAGUAGAAAAACUGGAUCUUGGGUAAAUAAUCCCUGUGUACUUGAGUAGCACCUCGAAAUCGAAUUAAAAAAAGAGAAGAAUUUCACUUGAGGAAACAAAGCUAAUAGAAUUGGAACAGACCUUUAGAAUAAUAUCAUCAGAGAGAUGCAAGUAUAUUGCAUCCACAGAGCAUGAACAGGCAUUACAAAAAUGAAGUAAAUUGGAGAUCUUAGCAAUGAAAAACAUACUUUUUGAAAUAAAACAAUAGGUGGGUUGAAUGGCAGAGUGGAUACACAGAAGAGUGAAUACUGUUCUGGAAAACUGGAUGGAGAAAUUCUCUCAGAACGCAGUAGGAAAAGAAAGUAGGUGGAGAAUGAAAGCCAUUGGGGGGGGGGGUAGAUCGAGUGUUCACAUCUAUCUAAUAGGAGUGACAGGAGAAAGUGGAGAAAAUGGAGGGCAGAUAUGGCAACGUUUUUUGUUAAUCCUCUAACUGCUGUUCUCCAACCCUUCUCCCCUGCUGGCCAGGCUGUCUCCCACCAUAGUUGCUGAACAUGCCCACCAAUUGUUUUUCCAGUCACCCUUGCAACUGGGGCAUUGAUGUGUGAUCCAGUCCUGACCAGUGGGACCAGACAGGAGUUCUGCUAGGCGACUUCUAUGAGUAUUUCUCCACAAUACCAAGAGACGCACAAGGAACGACUGCUUCCUGUGUUUGGAUGCAGUUGUGUGAGGAUACACUAUCUGGAGCUGUAGUGGUCAUCUUGCAACCACAUGGGGACAAAAGCAAUGCUGAGAAUGGCUGAACAGAAAGGUGGACCUUGAGUCCUUGUAUACUUUAGAUGUUAAUCCCCUAUAUGUUUUAGACUUUGCAAAUGCCUUCUUCUAUUCUGUCACCUAUUAACUUUGUUUAUGUGGUAUCUUUCAUGGAUAGAAAUAAUUCUGAUAUAAUCAAAUUCUUGAUUGUUCUUCUGUAUUGGUUUGUGCUUUUGACGUUUAAAGUUCUUCCCUGUCUCUAGGUCACAAAGUUCAUCCUACAUUUUAUUCAGUUGGAUUUAUGGUUUUACUUUCACAUUUAUUUCCUUAACUCAUCUGGAGUUCACCCUUAUAGAUGAUGUUAGGUAGCAAUGCAGUUUUAUUCUUCUCCAUGUAGUGGGCAGGUUUUUCCAACUCCACCUAAUAAAUGAUCUCAUCUUUCCCCA